AUGACUGAGGGAAUGGAGGACUUAUCUGAUAGGCCAGCUCCCCCUCCUGGAUCAAAAUCCCCCGAAAGGGCUACUGUUGAUACUGGACAAGUCCCAGAGGAGAAACCAGAGGAGACAGAAGCAGCUGGCCGGGAGAGUGUGGAGGAGGGCGCAGAGGGCGGUGGUGGUGGUGACAGUGAUGGGGGGAAUUUGGGGGCUUUGGGAAUAGUUGCUUUGCCAGGGACAUGCUGUGUGUGCAUAAAGAUGGAACAGAUUAACAAUUGCCUGCACUCUGAGAAAAUCUGCAUUCUUCCCAUCCUGGCCUGUCUGCUUAGCUUAGCCCUCUGCACAGCUGGUCUGAAAUGGGUCUUUGUGGAUAAAAUCUUUGAGUACGAACCACCUACACACCUAGAUCCUAAACGAAUUGGACAGGACCCAGUUAUCAUAUCAGUUACCCCCACACUGGGAAUAACUGUGUCCAUUCCUCAUUCAAGUCCGUCUUUUGUCUCCUUGACCACUGGCAUUACCACGGGACGUCCUGACGUUUUAACAGGGAAGAAAUCUACGCAAGGGCCGCACAUGCCUCAGUCUCCACGAGUGACUCUGUCUGAUCCCCCUGUUACACUGAAAUACAACGCUAAACGUCCCACCGUCCCAAAACAGACUUCCCACGCUCAGACAACACAGGCAUUAAACGACAUCAUCAUCCCAACAAUCUCUGCCGCCAGCACCACCACUACAGCCAAGACCUCCAGUCAUGUGACACGCUGCAGUGACAGGCAGAGGAACUACUGUGUCAAUGGAGGGGAGUGCUUCACCCUUGAAAUCAUGCCAGGCAGCACAAAGUUUCUAUGCAGGUGCUUGGCGGGAUUCACUGGGCACCGAUGUGAACAAGCUGUGCUUAAGAAAGUCUCAGACCCAAAACCUGAGGAGCUGUAUCAGAAACGCAUUUUAACAAUAACAGGAAUCUGCAUUGCACUCCUAGUCGUUGGGAUCAUGUGUGUGGUUGCCUACUGCAAAACAAAGAAGCAGAGGAAGAAGCUCCAUGACCAUCUAAGGCAGAGCCUGAGGAAUAAGAGGACCAAUAAUACCAAUACUGGUAUUGGCCCCAAUCUGGCAAACUCAGCCAGAGGACGUCAGGUUUCUAACUUGCCUCUUCAAGAUUUGCAGCUCAUCAAACAAUGUAAUGGGACAGCUAUGCAGCAUGCAGCUGAGGGGGAGACAGAAACAAACUUGUCUACAAGCAAAAAUGCUUUAUUGGUGCAUGAACCAACCACGUUCACCGACAUCUCUAGCAAGAGAUGUGUACCUGCCAUGACCAGCCAGACUCAGCUGUCCCAGACCUCUCCUGCAACUCCAGGGUCUCCUCCAUCAGAGAUGUCUGCCCCCCUGUCCAGCCUGGCCAUCUCUGUCCCUUCUUUGGCUUUAAGCCCCUCUGGUGAGGAGGAGCGUCCCCUGCUGUUGUCAAACACACAUCAGCCACGCAAGUCUCUGAGCCGAGAUGAACAGAAGAGGACCUCUGCCCACUACAACCAUGGCCAUGUGGCACAUAGCUUACCACCUAGCCCGCUGUUUACUAUGGAGAAUGGUUACUACAUAGGUGACCAUGAAAACACAGCUGGCAGCCAUUUGUUCUCAGCAUUACCUGAGAAGCUACUAAAUACAAACAACAACAUCAACAACUGCAGCACCAAAAGAGUCACCAAUGGCCAUGUGCAGCAUAAUGUGGAGUCCAGUGGUGGCAACAUGCUAGUGAGGGAAAAAGAGGAGGGUCAGGGGGAACACACUUCCUUCCUUACUACUGAUAGCACUACAACCCUGCUGCUCAGGGCUAUGGACAGCAGCAGGACUAACCCAGCAUUUCCAACUGAUGACAUGCAAGACAAGUCAUCCAGUUACACCACCAAACAAGAUCCAGUUGCUGUGUAA